AUGAGCGGGGACGGGGGGGUCCCCCGGACCGCACCACCCUCCCCGGCCGCCAAGCGCCGCCGCCCGGACCCGCUGCUGAAGGAGACCGAGGCCGCCCAGGCGCUGACCCAGCUGACGGCCUGGAGGGGCCUGGAAACAGCCGGGCGGCAGGGGGCGCCCGCGGCCCAGGGGGACCUGGAAACUGCCGCCACCGGGCUGGCGCCCCCUGCUGGGGAGGGGGGCCUGAAAACUGCCACCCCCCUGCGGGGCAGCCUAGACACCGUUGGCAGCGGGCAGGGGAGCCUCGAGGCUGUCGCCAAUGGGAAGGGGAGCCCCAACACCGCCAGUGGCAGGAAGGGGAGCCAAGAAACUUCUGAGGGGGAGAGGAGCCCCAAAAGUGCGGCUGGAGGGAAGAGGAGACUUGAGACUGCCACUGAGUUGGGGAGCCUUGAAACUGAUGCUGCUGAGGAGAAGGGCAUCCUGGAAACCACUGCCACAAAGAUGGGGAGCCUGGACACUGACGCUGCUGAGGGGAAGGGAGGCCUGGAAACCCCAGCUACAAAGACAGGGAGGCUUGACACCGCCGCCACUGAGGGGAAGAGGGUCCUGGAAACCAUAGCUACAAAGAUGGGGAGGCUAGACACCACCGCUGCUGAGGAGAAGGGAGGCCUGGAAACCCCAGCUACAAAGACAGGGAGGCUUGACACCACCGCCACUGAGGGGAAGGGGGUCCUGGAAACCCCAGCUACAAAGACAGGGAGGCUUGACACCACUACCACUGCGGGGAAGGGAGGCCUGGAAGCUGCUGACGGCCGGGAGGGGCGGAGGAAGAGGAGGGCGGAGGAGGAGUGCUCCAUCAUCUCGGUGGGGGAGGAGGAGGAGGAGGAGGAGGAGGGGGCCGAGGCGGCCCGGCCAGCCCUGGACACAGAGAAGUACCUGGAGGCGCUGGAGGCGGUGCAGCUGGAGCUGGAGGCGGUGAAUGAGCAGGCCGGCUGCGCCUUCCGCAUCCUCAGGGCCAAGUUCGGCCACAUGCGCCGGCCCCACCUCGAGCGCCGCAACCGCAUCAUCCAGAACAUCCCCGGCUUCUGGGUCAGCGCCUUCCUCAAUCACCCCCAGUUGUCGGCCAUGAUCAGCGACCGCGACGAGGACGCCCUGAGCUACAUGACCAACCUGCAAGUGGAGGAGUUGACUCACACCAAGUCGGGGUGUAAGAUCAAGUUCUACUUCAGCGGGAACCCCUACUUCCAGAACGAGGUGAUCGUCAAGGAGUUCCAGCCGGCCUCCUCAGGCAGGCUGGUGUCGCACUCCACCCCCAUCCGCUGGUGGCGGGGCCAGGACCCCCGUGCCCACGGCUGCAAGAGCCCCGAGAUGGGGCGCAGCUUCUUCAGCUGGUUCGGGGACCACAGCUUCCCUGCCGGCGACCGCAUCGCUGAGAUCAUCAAGGAGGACCUCUGGCCCAAUCCCCUGCAGUACUAUCUGAUGGGUGAGAACGGGGGCGCCGGGGACGACAGUGGGACGGAGCACGGGGAUGACUGCGUGGUGAUCGUGGACGACGAGGGGGAGGAGGACGAGGUGCAGGAAAUCAUGGACGAGGAAGAGGAUGGCAAGGAAGGCAGCACGGCGGAGGAGCUGACGGCAGAGUCGGCUGGCCCGGGCUCGGAGCCGGAGGAAGACGGAUGAUCCCCCCCCCCCAGCCCCCCCAGCCCCCGAAGAUGGACCAGGAUCCCCCUGCCCCCCCCCGGCACCCCCUGCUGGGGCUGGACUCUGUGACUGAGCUUUGCCCACGGCCCCCAGCUCAGGGCUUGGGGCAAUUAAUCGCAUCCCUUCAGUUAUUGAGGGCAGCUGCAGUUCCCAGCCUGGACACUGGGGGGCAGCGCGCCCCUGCCGUGUCCUGAGUGGGGCAGUCAUCUGGGCGGGCCCUGGGCCUGCUGCAGUCGGGUAUCAGCCCAGGGCUCUGGGGGCAUGGUGGGUAAAUACCCCCCCAUGGCUGGUGGGGCCCUGCCUGGCCGCGGGAGAGGGGCAUUGUGGGUAAAUACCCCCUCAGUGGCUGGUGGGGCCCUGCCUGGCCGCGGGAGAGGGGCAUUGUGGGUAACCCCCCCCCCAGUGGCUGGUGGGGCCCUGCCUGGCCGCGGGAGAGGGGCAUUGUGGGUAAAUACCCCCCCAGUGGCUGGUGGGGCCCUGCCUGGCCGCGGGAGAGGGGCAUUGUGGGUAAAUACCCCCCCAGUGGCUGGUGGGGCCCUGCCUGGCCGCGGGAGAGGGGCAUUGUGGGUAAAUACCCCCCCCAGUGCCAGGUGGGGCCCUGCCUGAGGGUGGGAGAGGGGCAUUGUGGGUAAAUAACCCCCCCCAGUUGCUGGUGGGGCCCUGCCUGGCCGCGGGAGAGGGGCAUUGUGGGUAAAUACCCCCCCCCCAUUGCUGGUGGGGCCCUGCCUGGCCGCGGGAGAGGGGCAUUGUGGGUAACCCCCCUCCCCAGUGGCUGGUGGGGCCCUGUGCCUCCAGUGGCCUGUUCCAUGCAGCUCAGGGUCUCUUGUUCCAUUAAUUAAUUGGGUUAAGUGGCUGGCCAAUAACAUGCCCCCCCCACCAGCCUGGGGCCCCCCAGGACCCACUGCCAGCCUCAGUUCCCCCCCCCCCCAGGCUGCUUCCUGCACCUUUACUGCACCCCCCCCCAGCUCAAUCCCAUCAGCCCCUGGGGUUGGGCACAACUCUGCCCAUCCGUGGGGGGAGUUUAUAACCCCCCCAUGGCAGCCAUGUGAUCUGUCUAUCCGCUGGGGGACACCGUGGGGCAGGGCGGGGGGCUCCUCAGAUGUCUUGUAACUGAGUGGAGGCGCUGGGCUAGUGGGCCCCUGGCGCCCCCCUAUGGCCACCCUAUGCAAUGCUACUGAGGGGGGGUGGCACCCGGGCGGGGGGGUGUUGGAUGUGGCCCCCUGAAAACAAAGCACUUAAUAUACAGAGAGAUUUCA